AUGGCGCACUCUGGACAGUCAGCUAAUAGCGGGUACAAGAUCUGGCCCCGGACGAUGGAUGGAUCACACAAGUAUUCGUCCAAGGAAUCCAAGAAAGAGCUCGCCCAACGACGAGCUUCAGUGUACCACGACCAACCAGCUUCCGAUGAGCCAAGUGCAUAUGGCGCCGCGUUUCGAAGCGAAGACGUCGCCGCGAGUGAGGCGCGCCAUCGGGCUAGAGCCGCAGAGAACAUUGCAAGGAUCAUGGGCCACAACGGCGGAAAGUAG